GCUAACACUUCCCGUAGGUCUGAAAUCAUGGCGACUGUCGACGAAGCUAAGUCGCUGAUCAGCGAGAUGUGUCAGAACUUUUAUCAACAGGGCUGGGUGUCUGGCACUGGAGGUGGCAUGUCCAUCAAGGUUGCGGAUCGUAUUGUCAUGGCUCCUUCUGGUGUUCAGAAAGAGAGGAUGGUUCCCGAGGACAUGUUUGUGCUAAAUUCUUCUGGAGAAGUCCUUGAGACUCCGCGUGCAAGGCCUGCCCCUUACAGACCACCAAAGCUCAGCGAGUGCUCGCCACUGUUUAUGGCGGCAUAUGAAUUGCGAGAUGCAGGGGCUGUGCUGCACAGCCACUCCUUGAAUGCUGUGUUGGCCACUUUGAUUGACGAGUCAGCCAAAGAAUUCACAGUCACACACUUGGAAAUGAUCAAGGGCAUUGCUGGACAUGGGUACUAUGGCAACUGUGUGGUGCCGAUCAUUGAGAACACAGCCAGAGAAUGCGAGCUGACCGGACGGCUGCGACAGGCAAUACAGGAUUACCCCGAGUCCAACGCUGUGCUGGUGCGGCGACAUGGCGUGUAUGUGUGGGGCAAAGACUGGAUUCAGGCCAAGACUCAAGCGGAAUGCUACGACUACUUGUUUGAGGCUGCGCUGCGCAUUCGCUCCAUUGGCAUCAAUGCGAGCCUUCCUCCAACGCCCACCCCCCUGCAGAACGGACAUGCCCACACAAUGGCAGCCAAGCAGCCAAAAGCCAUCGUGCUGGAUAUAGAGGGCACUGUGGCGCCCAUCUCCUUUGUGACUGAGACGCUGUUCCCCUAUGCGCGCCAGCGCGUCAGGGAGCAUCUCAGCAGCACAUAUGACAGUGAGGAGACGCAGGCUGACAUUGCUCUUCUCAAAGAUCAGAGCGAGGAGGAUGUGAAGGCUGGCAAAGCGAGCACUUUAAUUCCAGCUGGCAGUGAAGGGAAGGAUGCCGUCUUGGAGGCGGCUGUGGCCAGUGUCUUCGCUCAGAUGGACGAGGACAGGAAGACCACUGCCCUCAAAAGCCUGCAGGGACACAUCUGGAGAGCGGGGUUCCGGCAGGGCGCCAUCAAGGCAGAGCUGUUCAGGGAUGUGCCAGACAGCCUGGUGAGCUGGCGCGACAUGGGCAUCAAGACCUACAUCUACUCCAGCGGCAGCCGCGAGGCCCAGAGGAACCUGUUUGGGCACACAGCUGCGGGGGACCUGCGCCCCUACCUCAGCGGCUUUUUUGACACACGCGUUGGAGCCAAGGUUGAGGCACAGAGCUACAAGGAGAUUGAGCUUUCACUCGGGGUGGAUGAGCCGUCUCAGAUCAUGUUUGCUACCGAUGUAUACGGAGAGGCUGUUGCUGCCAGUGAAGCUGGUUGGGAGGCUGUUCUGGUGGUGCGCCCUGGAAACAAGCCGCUGCCUUCUGAUGCCGCUGCUCGUUUCAGGAUAGUCGAGUCUAUGGAAGAGCUGCUUGAGUGAGGCAAAUCAGUAGAAACCUUGUGAACUGAUGCGCUGUUUACAAUGACAUGACUUGUGUUUGUUUGGAGCAACAACUGUGUCAACAGAGCCUUCGCUCAUUGACCCUGAAGACAUCAUUGCACCAGGGAACAAAAAGGUGACAAUUUUGAGGUAGACUGCCAGCUUCAGGCAGAAACUUCAGAAGUGACAAGUCCUCUAAACAUUUGAUAUACAUCUUCACUGUAUCAGCAUGUUUUGUACAAGCAAUGGCAGUUGCUCAGUGGUCCAGCUGCAGAUAGCUGGCCAACAAGUAUUCAACGCCUUAGAAAACCUCACUUUCAUCUCACUGCUGCCAAAAGCUGCAUCCGUUCUUGCAUUGCAACCUUGCAUGUCAAUGUCACACAGUGCCUAGGUAGAUCUCCAGAACGGUGGCACAAAAAGUUGCGAUUGAAUUUGCUUCCCUGUGAGACUCACAGUCGGAACAUUCAUUGCCAUACUUUGUGGUACUUCCAAAAACCCAAUCUGAUGUUUGUGGUCCUCUACAGCAUCUUAUCAGGCACCCGCACUUCUUGAGGCCUCCUUUCGCAACUUUGCAUCUGCUCUUUGCCGAGUCUCCAAUUUUUCCUUUGCUGCCUGGGCAAUCUGCCAGUUUGGUGCCUCUUCCAAGAGGCACUGCAAAUCUUCUCUGAAUCUGCUGUCUGAAGGCAGUGGCAUGGAGCUUGGAUGCCACCUGUCAGCAUUGUCCUCCGCCAAUGUCCAGUACCUUUCGCCUUCCCAAUCCAAAUGUGACAG